CUGCAAGGAUUUCACCAUGCAGCUUUAAAUGCUCCAAAUAAAAGAAAUAGAAUUCAGUUUAGGUUUUUUUCUUCUUUAUUCUUUUCCCAUUCUUUCCUUGUCGCGCAGGAAGUUCUGGACAAUCGCUUUAACGGGUCAGGUUGAGCAGGCGCAUCGGGAUGCACUGAUUUAUUUUCUCAGCGGGACUAAAUGCUGUGAUGUAUGCUCUCUCUAUACAUCACUAGUGACUGGCUGGUGGGAGUGGGUGACGGCUAAAUGAAAUAGGAGAGUCCGGAGUGCACCGAUAGGAAAUCGAUUAUAAUCAUUAGUUCAUCACCGCCUUGUCGGCGACUUGUCUGCUAAUCCAGAAGGAGGAAGCCGAGCAGAGGCUGCAGUCUCAGCUUCGGGGUCUGCCUGAGGCCAGGAACCCAUUUCACCAUGUCAAACUCCACCAGAAUUAAGUUCCUUGUCCUCCUCUUCAUCACCAUAUCCAUAAUCACGUUCUUUGUUAGCAAUAGAUCAAUCGGCUUCAAACCCAAACUUGUUGUUUCACAAGUUUGUGAGGGAUCAGUCUCCAAACAGAGUAUAACUCCCCUGAAAAACACCAAGCACUUUUUAGUCUCAGCCUACAUGGAUCAGAGAGUACAGGGCUUUGACCUUCGCCUCAUCGGGAUGUUUCGGAGAGACUCCAUCCAGGAACUCCACUGCUUUUUCUGCUGUGCCGGCUACACAAGUGAAACCACUCCAGCGAAAAUUUUACAACACUCGGACAACUUCGGGUUUCCAUUCGUCACCACAGAUGUCUUGUGCCAGAUUCCUAAAACCUGCAAAGCUGCACAUGUCACUCUUCUGACUCAAACGAGGCCUGAGAAUGGAACCGAAUACGUCUGGCUUCCCAUAGGGAACAAGAAGACAGAUGGAGGAGAGGAGAAAAGGAUGGAUUUCACUGUGUGCAUCUCCACUUUGUUUUGGAACUACAACAAUGUGCUGCAGUUUGCACAGACACUAGAGAUGUACAAGUUGCUCGGCGUGAACAGAGUGGUGAUCUACAACACCAGCUGUGGCCCGGACCUUGACCGUCUUCUGCAGGGUUACAGCCAGGAGGGCUUUGUGGAAAUAGUUUCCUGGCCACUCGACAAAUACAUGAAUCCAUCAACGGACUGGAUCUUUUCGUCAAGAGGUGGUGAUAUUCACUACUUUGGCCAGCUCACCACACUCAACGAGUGCAUCUACAGAUCCAUGGAGCGUUCCCGCUAUGUCCUGCUAAACGAUAUAGAUGAGAUCAUCAUGCCGUAUCAACAUGACAACCUGACGUCUCUGAUGGACGAGCUGCAGAAGCAGCAUCCAGAAGUGGGAGUGUUCCUCAUUGAGAACCACUACUUUCCCAAGCAUCACUUUGAACCAAGUGGGAGGUUUCACCUUCCUAGGUGGAGCAAGGUGCCUGGAAUUAAUAUUCUGGAACAUAUUUACAGAGAAGACCCUGACCGAAACAGUUACCAUCCUCACAAGAUGAUCAUUCAGCCAAGGAUGGUGGAGCAGACAUCUGUGCAUGAAGUGCUUCGAUCUUUUGGGCAGAAGUACAAAGUCCCACUAGAGGUUUGUCGGAUCAUCCACAUCCGUGAUGCCAUACGGAAAUCACUAAAACUAGAGGAGCUCAAUGUGGACAACCGGCUGUGGGAUUUUCAGGAAAAAUUGAUUCCCAACGUGGACAAAGUGUUGAAAAAUCUGGGGUUCAUAUAAUAGAAGUUGAAGGAUGGAGUCGGAAAGAAAGACCAGCCAACAAGGAUCCUGUUUCGCAGCUUAAAGCCGACAGUAAAUUUAUGCCCUCAGAGGGAGCUUGUUUAGUGCUUUUUUUUUUUUUUUUUUUUUUUUUUAGAUACAGCCCCCAAUUUAUAACCAGCAAACACACGAGUCAGUUUUGCAAAGUAAUAAUGUGUACCGUAAUUUCCGGACUAUAAGCCGCGACUUUUCUCUCACGCUUUCGACCCUGCGGCUUAUACAACGAUGCAGCUUAUUUAUGAUUUUUUUUCUAACGGCCAGUAGGGGCGCUGGAGCAGAAAAGGUAAGCGUGAGACAUCUGGAAUAUAUCUGUAGAGGAAGACUAAUGUAACAUCGUGCUUUGUGCAUGAAUAAAAUUAGCUUGAACAGACCCUCAUCAUGGAGAAUGCAAGAAGAAAUGCAUAUGAUGCAGUUUUCAAGUUAAAAGCAAUCGAGCUGGCCGAUUAAAAAGGAAACGGAGCUGCUGCACGUAAACUGAAGACUUCCAUGGCUUCAGUGCACAGGAGGAAGAGGAUGACGGCUCUCCGUGAAUUUUUGUUGUCAAACUGUUUUAUUGAGAAAUCAGACAUGAGAAUUACAACCUCAACAAUACAUGUUUGUUUUCUUUUUUAUGUGAACAUAAAACAUAAAGACAAUACAAAAUUAAAACAAAACAAAAGUGACAUAAAUAAGGACAUUCUCAAGACCCAAUCACCUCCCCUCCCCUUUUCCUGGGACUUACAUCUGAUCACACCGAUAAUCAAAACAAAUCAUCUUCAAAUAGGGUUAUUAAUAUAUUGCUGAAGGGGUUGCCAAGUUCUGUUGAAUCGCUUUAAAUUAUUUGCUAAUGAGAACCGUACUCUUUCCAAAUGAGAGAGCCUUACCAAUUCCUCCAGCCACAAUUUAACCGAUGGAACCUCUGGUUUUUUCCAGAACAUCAACACUAGCUUUUUUCCUAUGAUAAAGGCAUAAGAUAAUAAUUGUCGUUGGUAUUUAUUAAAUUGAGAAAGCUGAACAGAAACUCCGAGUACAAUCAGAAGUGGGUCCAGCCUUAACUCUAUACGGAGCAUAUCUGAUAAAGUUUUAAAUAUGCCAGACCAAAAUGGGGUUAAUUUUGUACACAAAGAGUAAGAAUGGAGAAGCGUAGCUUCUGCAACAUGGCAUUUGUCACACAGUGGGGAUGUGUUAGGAAAAAUUUUAUGCAACUUCACCUUACAGUAAUGAAGCCUGUGAAUAAUUUUAAAUUGAAUAAGACAGUGUCUAGAAUUGGCAGAACACUUGUGAAUAUUCUCUAGCUCUCCGUGAAUUUUAACCAUAUGUUAUUUAAACCAGCCCUGUUAGUGUUGUUUUGCUAUAUUGCUGCAGUUCAGAAAAAAAAGCUACGACAUAUUAUUAAAACUUUAAAAACA